AUGGUUUCGAAGAGGUAUAAAAGCCACCACCCAGAACCGAACGUGCUCGGGCUGCUUACAUGUGUUGUCACAACCCAGGGCCAGGCAAAUUCCUUGGGGGUUUCAUCACUCCCUGACCGAACAUCUCAGUCCCGGUCCCCCCCAUCCCAGAGCAGGCGGGGGGGGGAGCGCUGCGCCCUGGUGGCCGUAGCCGCCGAGAGUGUGCAGGGGCCGCAGGGAAAGGAGUGCGGCGCCUUUAAAGCAAGAGGCGAGGAACCCCCGCCAGGAGGCGUGUCUGUCUCCGCCGCUCCCGCUGCCGCCGCCGCCGCCGCCGCCGCCGCCGCCGCCGCCGCCGCCGCUGCUCCACGGUCUUCGUCUCCGCCGCCGCCGUCACUCGCGCUCGGCGCCCGCGGCUGCGCUCCUCAGUCCGGGAGCAGCAGACUUCCCGCCCGACCUCCUCUGGCUGCUCCUCCCCGAGGACCACCCCUCCCCCUCCCUGCCUACCUCACCCGCAGCAAGAGGCUCGCGCGGCCGGACAUUGUGGGUGUGCGUGCUGGAUUUCUCCCGGAUGCUCCCCGACUAACAUGGAUGUCCCACCAUCCCUUGCAGUGGAAGGUUGCUCCUUGGCGCAGUGAGUGAAGAACAUGCA